AUGGGGCGCAAAAGCAAAAAAUACCGGACGGAAAAACACCCAAAUACCGCCGACAUCGGCAAACUUUUGUGGAGGCCUCAAGCAUCCCUGAGACCUGUCAUGGCGCCGCUCUCUGACGCACCGUCCAGAUCAUCCAGCGAAGACUCACUCUCCAACCUGGAAAUGAUGGCGGAGACGCAGAGAGCAGGCAAGACUAAGGCACAAAGCAACCCUCCAGUCACUGAAGACCGACUGAAAGUCCUCUUGGAUGAUCUCCGCCGACAUAUCGCGGCAGACAUCAAUUCAUUCAAAGAGGAAAUUCAUGGGGUGUCAGGGAGACUACAUGACACAGAAAUCAACACAGCAGCACACGAGGCCCGCAUUAAUAGCCUUGAGAGCGAGCUGACUAAGACCAAGAACAAUCUAAUCCAAACCCAGCACCAAGUUGCAGCAAUGGAAGAUCGUAGGUGA